AUGGCGACCCAGAUCCCAGUGAUAGCGUUCUCCGAGGAAUGCAUGAAACCGGGGACAAACUCCGUCUUUAGCGUCACCGAGGAUCUCUUCGACCUCCCCCAUGAAACCAAGAUCAAGAACACCAACUUCAAGCCUUCCCAUGGCUACAUCCCCAAACUCCCCGGGACUCCUCUCCUUGAGGGCAUGAACAUAGACGGCGACGAGAAGCUUGAAGAGUGUGAAAAGUUCACCUCUAUCAUGUGGCCAUCUGGGAAUGAUCACUUUUGCAAAACUGUUCGUGACUAUUGCAAAUUGAUAGCUGAGAUAGAGAGAGUAGUGUUCAGGAUGGUCUGUGAGAGUUAUCGUGUCGAGAAAUGCUAUGACCCUUACAUCGAGUCCUGCACGUACCUCCUCCGAUUCUUGAAGUAUAAGAAACCGGCAGACCUCAACGCCAGCGUGAAUCCAAUCGCUCACACGGACAAGAGCUUCUUGUCCUACUUGCACCAGAAUAACAUUAGGGGCUUGGAAGUGAGAACCAAAGAUGGCGAGUGGUUCACUUUUGAACCCUCGGCUUCGACUUUCAUGGUCAUGGCUGGCGAUGCAUGUGUGGCAUGGAGUAAUGGAAAGAUCAAGGCUUGUUACCAUCGAGUGGCAGUUAAAGAAGAGAGCCAAGUGAGAUACUCUCUUGGGACAUUCUCAUAUGCCUCAGGGAUGAUCGAGACCCCUAAGGAGUUCAUCGAUGAAGUACACCCUCAGCAAUACAAGCCCUUCAAUCACAUCGAUUUCCUUUGCUAUUAUGACUCCAGUGACAACCGCAUCAAGGCCGAGAGCCUCAUCAAGACCUACUGUGGAGUUCGGGCCAAUUAG